UGACCGUAGACCAUAGAUGGACUGUCUACAUUCUGUUCUUCAUUAUUGCGAGGACUAAAAGAUUCUCUUCUUGUCAUUUGGUAACCCAAGUUCAUUGCAAAUGCAAAACAACAACGCCAGAAGGAGGAAACCCCCACCAAGCUUCAUUAAAAAUCGUGAAAAUAACAGAGAAAGCUUGAAAACAUGUGGUAUGUUGCUUAUCCAAACAAUGAUGAUGAGAAUUACAAGAGAAGGACAAGGAAGCAAGAAACUCUGUUUGUAUAUGGAUGAGAUGCUUCACAGCAUUUUUUUUCUGGGAUACAUUCAUCAAGACCGCUUGAUUCCUGAUGACUUUUUCGAAAUUUCCACCGCCCAGCAAGACAUGUGUAACAUGUUUCCUGGGCCAUUUAGGAAGUACAACAGUCACCUGCCAACUCGUACACCCUUUUCUAUUCUGCUUGACAUGAUGGAGAUGCUCUAUUCCACUGAAAGAAUCAAAGAGGAACUUCUGCAUCUGCUAAAGGAAAUGAAAUUCCCGAACCCUCUUCACAAACCAGGCAGUAAACCGGAGCAGUAUUACACAUUAGAGUCAACAGUGAUCUGUGAGUGUUCAGAUUCAGACUCACAGAAACAUUAUGGAGCGUCUCUUUGCUGCAGGAAAGGAGCUGCGAAGAAAAUUCUGAUUGAUCUGUCAUGUCUUAAAACAUGGCAUAAGUAUGUCUCUCACGCUGUCAUGUCAUUUUCUUCUGGAGCUGGCGAUGGUAUAACAUUCCCAGAGUCACUGCGAUGCCAAGCAUAUGUAAGAAAUUGGAAAACAAAUGUUUAUGAAGAAAGAAAUCCAUGUUUCAACUGUGGAAAUUUAUUUAAUCUACAAGAUGCUGACCUGGAUAAAGUAGAGUACCCCUUUGGUAACUGUGCUGAGACAGAAUGCCUGAGCAAACUGCUUAUUAAUAAUCAAUAUAUGCAUGAAAAUGCAGUGAUUAACAAUCACACAGAGGAAAAUGUAGAGGAACUCAGAAGUUCAACAAAAGCACAUUUGAUAGAGCAGCUUGUCAAGGUUGGCAUUAAAGUUAAUGAUAAUAACUUACUCUUUUAUAGUCCAUUCCAGAUGCAAACAGGAGAUUGAGGUGUUUUAUCUUCUGUUUUAGUGUUUCCAAUACCAAUACAUGUAAUACUACAUUGGAUUGUCCUAGUGAAUGCCAUUCAAUAGUGCAAACUGAUGGAUAACUGCAUCACCAGUACUGAUUGAAACAAUGUGAAACAGGCACUAAUCUGCUCUUCAUGUUUCUAGCACUUUAAAGACUUAAGUAUCAUUGUGUUUCUUGCACUACUCUAAACUGUGGCAUUACAUGAAACACACCAAUUGUCUGUAUUGCUCAUUAGUUUUUUCCAAGAUGUUGCUUAAAUAAAGCACAUGCAUGAUUCAGUAUAACUUCAUGAACUAUUAAUUUAUUUUUAACAUGAAUGUCUUAAUUAAUUCCUUAAAGGUGCAGGACCCACUGGCGGGUCAAAAGUUAUACUACACACUUCUGUAGCUAAUAAAAAAAUAAGACUUAAUAUGUAAUAAGCCUGGGAUUUUAAGGGGUUUACCAUGUAUGUUGUUUUUUCAAGAUGUAUCUUAAAUUAAACAAAUGCAGUUUGUGCCAUAAAUGUGCUGUAAUUGGAGAAUUGGUGCUAGUAACCAGGUUCUAAUCCAGCAUUGACUUCCAUUUGUAACAGGUCAGGUUUGCACUAAAUGUACACAGCCUUGGUAGUAUUUCUAAAAACUGUCCAUUAUUUCAGUUGCCAUAUGCUGUUGUUUUCUUUUGAUAAGAUAAAAAAAAAACCAAAAGUAAAAUAAAGUUAUAUUUUCCUUUAAAAUGUUUCCUUUGCAAUCCAGUCCUGUAGCAGACCAAAUGCACUUUCCUCAGCCUUCUCAUGAAGUGCAGACCCUGUACAUUUUAUUCAAUGAAUAAUUUUCACUUCAUUA